AAUAUAUUUUCCAUAUAUUUAAUAAAACAUGUUUUUAAAUAAAAAGCGUAUUAAAUUGUUACUAUUUUUAAAUUAAUGCGCCGUAUAGAGAGAGUAGAAACAGAAUUCUCAAAAUUAUUCCUUGGAAUUAUUCCUUCCUUUUGUAUCCACUGCUGAGAUUAUAAAAUCUAUAUACUAGUGUCGUUCCUUCUUGGGCUUGGACUCGUUCUCGAUCGAUUUCGUUGAUUCCACAGCUGAUUGGCCAUUCUCCAACAAUGCUACUUUGACUUCUGAUUGCCGCUCUUGAAUUUAUCAGUGCUGACACCUUGGAGUUAGCACUGAUGGAGUUUCUAUAGCAUAUUUGGAAAGCUAGCACUAGCAAUUCUGUCUAGACUCCAGAGAGGUGACAUAGUUUCUUUUUCUGGGUGGCGUAUAUGUACGGAACAAUGCAUUUUGGAAUGAAGCAAGUCCUUUUACCUUUGCUGUUCUCUGUACUGCUCUGUGGUUGUAUUAGGGCAGAGUCUGAAAGUGAGAACCCACAGAAGUUGAGAUCAGCUCCACACGAAAUUGUCGGAAAUGUUGUUAUAGAUGGCACUGGGAGGGAGAGUAUUAUUACUGGGCAGGGUGAGAGGAAGGGCAGCUACAAUAGAGUCUCGGUGUCUACGGUAGCAUUGUUUACGUUGGCAAUGGCUGGUGCAACUGGUUUAGGGGCAGUGCCUUUCUUCUUUGUGGAGCUUGAUCCUCAGUGGGCUGGAAUUUGCAAUGGAAUGGCUGCAGGUGUGAUGUUGGCUGCAAGCUUUGACCUUAUACAGGAAGGCCAGGAGCAUGGUGCUGGCAGUUGGGUUGUGUUUGGAAUUCUAGCGGGUGGCAUUUUUAUAUUGCUUUGUAAGAAGUUGCUUGAACAAUAUGGGGAAGUCAGCAUGUUGGAUAUAAAAGGUGCAGAUGCAGCUAAAGUUGUUCUUGUUAUUGGAAUAAUGACACUUCAUUCAUUUGGAGAGGGCUCUGGUGUUGGAGUUUCUUUUGCUGGCUCAAAAGGUUUCACUCAGGGACUUUUGGUAACAUUAGCAAUAGCUGUACACAACAUACCAGAAGGUUUAGCUGUAAGUAUGGUGCUUGCAUCGAGGGGUGUCUCUCCACAGAAUGCAAUGUUAUGGAGUGUAAUUACAUCCUUACCCCAGCCCAUUGUUGCAGUGCCUGCAUUUAUAUGUGCCGAUGCAUUUAACAAAUUCCUGCCAUUUUGUACUGGCUUUGCUGCUGGGUGUAUGAUCUGGAUGGUUGCUGCUGAGGUGCUUCCUGAUGCAUUCAAGGAGGCCUCUCCAUCUCACGUGGCAUCUGCAGCCACAAUUUCUGUAGCAUUUAUGGAAGCUCUCAGCACUUUUUUCCAGAAUUUUAGUCAUCAAUACAGUUCAGAAGAUGCUUCUGGCUUCUUUGUUUCAUUACUUUUUGGUCUUGGGCCGUUACUUGGGGGCAUUAUUCUUGUUGCAUUUGCACUUUCUUUCCGUCUUCAGCAUGCCCUUCUCAUGGGUGUCGCAUCUGGCAUUGCCUUUGUCCUUGGUGCCUGGCGACCACUACAACUACUUCUGUCUUCAAAAAUGGGAUUUUUCCCCAUGAUGACGUUGCUUGUUAUGGGUGCUGCAUUUGUCAAUUUUUUAAGUUCCACCGUCUCAAGACUUGCUGGCCGCAAAAGAGCUUCAGCAAAUGAUUUACCCAUAGGAUCCGGUUUCCCAAUGAGUGUUCAAACCCUUCAGUCGUUCUUAUCAUGUGGAGCAGUUGCCGUUCAUGCUUUGGCCGAGGGGCUUGCCCUUGGAGUGGCUGCACCGAAAGCUUAUGGACUUGGUCGGCACAUGGUUCUUCCUGUAUCUCUCCAUGGACUUCCUCGGGGUGCAGCUGUGGCAAGCUGCAUUUUUGGGGCCACGGACAGCUGGCACAACUCCCUUGCAGCAGCAGCUCUUAUUGGGUUUAUGGGCCCAACGUCUGCAAUUGGAGCAAUACUUGCAGGAAUCGACUACAGUGGUCUAGAUCAUGUGAUGGUGUUUGCUUGUGGGGGAUUGCUUCCAAGCUUUGGAAGAAUCAUCAGGAGAGCAUUGAGCUUGAAUGCACAAAAAAGUAGCUGUGGGCUUUUGAUUGGAGUGGGGUUUGCUACUCUCUGUUUAACAUUCACCAAGUUGGUUUGCUUACACACACCUUACUGCAAUUCUGCUCCUGAGGCUGUAAGAUGAAGCAUCUGGGACACAAGUUUGGCUCCUCAGACAGACCAGCAUACUCACAGAUUGUAGAAUAGAUUGUGGCAAAGGGAAAAAAGGAUGGGAUGAAGGGAAAAUUUAGUGGGAAAUGUGACAUGUCUUGACUCUUGAGUAGGUGAGCUUUUGAACUCCACACUAAUUUAAGAGAGAUAUGGUGAUUUUCCCUUAUGGUUUCCAUUUAUACAAGCAUACAGCUCUGAUGCUGAGAUUUUUACGGCACGACAUUCCUACAGAAGAAAUCCUUUUGAGGCUUUA